UGUAUGUAUCACUUGAUCCUCAUGACCACAUGGAGAAGUCAGGGAGGCCCCACCCAGGACUGUCCCAGAAGGUGGCGUCUGGUCCCACCCCUCAUUGAGGCUGGGAAGACUGAGGAGCGGCGGGAGGGUGUAAACUGCCCCAGGCUUCCUGGAGGCUCCACCUACUGGAUCUGUUCAUAUACCUUGAGGCCCCACCUCCACUUUACUUGGUGUCACCAACUACAGCUCUUCCUUCAGGGACUGACAUGGCUUGGACGUUGACAACACAGCUGUGGCUCCUUCUGGUGUGGGGGGCCGAAGUAUGGGCAGCCGGGCCCAGGACUGAGCUUCUCAAUAUCUGCAUGAAUGCCAAGCACCACAAGGAAAAGCCAAGCCCGGAGGACAAGCUGCAUGAGCAGUGCAGUCCCUGGAAGAAGAACGCCUGCUGCUCUGUCAACACCAGCCAGGAAGCCCAUAAGGAUGUCUCCUACCUGUACAGAUUCAACUGGGACCACUGCGGCCCGAUGAAACCCGCCUGCAAGCGCCACUUCAUCCAGGACACCUGCCUGUAUGAGUGCUCCCCCAACCUGGGGCCCUGGAUCCAGGAGGUGAACCAGAGCUGGCGCAAAGAGCGGAUCCUGGACGUGCCCCUGUGCAAAGAGGACUGUGAGAGCUGGUGGGAAGACUGCCGCACCUCCUACACCUGCAAGGCUAACUGGCACAAGGGCUGGAACUGGACCUCAGGGUCUAAUAAGUGCCCGGUGAAGGCUGCCUGCCACCGCUUUGAUUUCUACUUCCCCACGCCUGCUGCUCUGUGCAAUGAAAUCUGGAGUCACUCCUACAAAGUCAGCAACUACAGCCGAGGCAGUGGCCGCUGCAUCCAGAUGUGGUUUGACCCAGCACAGGGCAACCCCAACGAGGAGGUGGCCAGGUUCUACGCUGAGGCCAUGAAUGGAGCUGGGCUCUAUGGGGCCUGGCCUCUCCUGCUUGGCCUGGCCCUAAUGCUGCUCCUGCUGCUCAGCUGAGCUCCUUUUACCUUCUGAUAUCUGGUCGUUCCCACACAGUUAAGCCCCACGGCUCAGCUCCCAUGGUGGGAGCUCUGUCCGACAGUUUGAAUAAACUAGU